AUGUAUAUUUGGCCGACACGCUGGUCCAUCGUCAAGAGCAUCUACAUGCUCAAUCGAUACGGAAACCUUAUUGGGCUUGCCAUCCUCUGCGCGCACAUCAACGGAUUCUUAUAUCUCAAUACCAAAUCCUUUUGUGCUCGCGCUACGAUGGGAACAGGCAUAUUGAUGUAUGUAUCCCUCACAUCAAUACACGUGCUCAUUCUCUUACGUGCCUGGGCAGUGUGGGCACGCGCACAGAAUAUAUUAAUGACUCUCAUCUGCAUGUUUGUUUUGUAUUUUGUGGCGAGCAGUUCGCUCUUGAUAUGGGAGAUGCUACAAUUGACUGAUGAGGCUUUUCCCUUGGCUGACGUGACUCACACUUGUAUCGCCUUUGUCUCCCCGUCUUCAUGGGUGUUGUGGCUCCCUGGGUGA